AUGGAAUCAUCUGGAAUCCUGAGCAUCUUUGUGCUACUCAUCCUCUUUGCACAGGUCCAGGGGCCUGGUCUAAGUGAUUGGCUCUUCCCCAAGAAAUGCCCCAGAGUCAGAGAGAACUGUGAAUUCCAAGAAAGGGACAUGUGUACUAAGGACAGGCAAUGCCGAGACAACAAGAAGUGUUGCGUCUUCAGCUGUGGGAAGAAAUGUUUGGAUGUCCGACAAGAUGUGUGCCAACUUCCAAAGGACUCUGGCCCCUGCAUGGCUUUAUUUCAUCGCUGGUGGUAUAGUAAUGAAAAUAAUACCUGCUACAGCUUCAUCUAUGGUGGUUGCCAGGGAAACAAUAACAACUUCCAAACAAAAAACAUCUGCCAGAAUGCCUGCCAAAAAAAACGUACCUGAAUAGAGAAGCAUUCACUGGAAUAACCACCAUGGUUUGGCCCCCACU